AUGACGCUGCAGGGCCCCGUCAUGCUGAAGCAGGGCUUCGUGGGCGUUAUCCCUCGGAUGCCGAUAUUCAUCCAGAACGUGUCGGACCCCCACGAGACGUUUGGUGCGCCCAGCGAGGCCUACAACUGCAGCGCAUGCAGCAGCAGGGGCGGAAAUAUUGGUUUUUGCGGCAGCAGCGGCAGCAGCGGCAGCAGCGGCAGCAGCGGCAGCAGCGGCAGCAGCGGCAGCAGCGGCAGCAGCGGCAGCAGCGGCAGCAGCGGCAGCAGCGGCAGCAGCGGCAGCAGCGGCAGCAGCGGCGGCUGCGGCAACGGCAGCGGCGGCAAUCGCAGCGGCGCGGCGGCUACCAAGACCCGCUUCUGGGGCUUUGUCACCUGCAUCAUCUCGUUCGACGCCAUAACGCGGCCCCCGGACCGCGGCGAGGCCGGUGCGGCGGCGGCGGCGGCGGGCGCAGGCGCCGCCAAGGGGGGUGGGGCUGGUGGCGGCGGCGGCGUGGACGGUGUCGGCGGGUCGCUCGGCGCGCUGGAUACAGCGGAGCACAUUGCCAGCCACGCAGGGGGCGCCGGCGGCGCGGGGUCCAACAUUAUGCUCGCCAGCCUGCAGCAGAGGGGAUACAACUAUGCCCUCAUGGCGCCCCAGCCCGGCGGCUCCACCCUGCUGAUCGCCCAGACCCCCGACCCGCCAGUCAACCCCGUGUCCGCCACAGUUCACACCGUGAACUCCAAGUGGACGCUCCACGUGUCCCCCACCGCCGGCUGGAUGCCGCCGUGGCGCAACCCGCUGCUCGCGAUGGUGAUCGUCAUCAGUUUAGUCAUAGGGCUCAUGCUGACGGCGCUGCUGGUCAACCGCCGCCAGCAGGCGUGGCUGGUUAGUGAGCUGAAGAACCACCCCUCACCACCCCCAAAUCACCCCUAA